AUGAAAAGGUUAUUAAGUUAGAUUCUAAGAUACUUAAAAGAAAAGAUUCAAAUCCUAAAAAGUUAGAUUUAAUAACUAAAUAAGGAGAUUUAACCUUAUAAGGAUUUACUAAAAAAAAUAAAUUGGAUAUCAAUAAAUCAAAAUCCUCCAUAACAAAAUCAAACUUUAAAUAUAAGUAUUGAACAUUUAGAAUAAGGAUAUAUGUGA